CGGAUUCAACAAGGAUAGAUUUGGACUGCUAAAAUAUAUACAAGUUAAAACUUAUGAAUCUUCUUGUUCAAUAAAAUGGUUUCCUCCUACUUUAUAAGAUCAGUUCUUUUUAUUUUCAUUGUUUAUCUUCAACUUCCUUGCACGACUUUAUCAAACUCAGAACCAGAAGAUAUUACUAUCGAUGUGAACCAAGCCCAUAAACUUCUUCACCAGGGCCACACUUUUCUCGAUGUCAGAACUGUUGAAGAAUUCGAGAAAGGCCAUGUUAAUUCAGAGAAAGUCUUUAAUGUUCCCUACUGGUUCUAUACUCCACAAGGUCAAGAAAAUAACCCAAAUUUCUUGAAACAUGUUUCAUCUCUCUUUAACCAAACGGAUCAUCUCGUCGUGGGAUGUAAAUCUGGAGUUAGAUCUUUGUAUGCUACCAGGGUUCUUGUUUCUUCUGGAUUCAAGAGUGUAAGAAACAUGGAUGGUGGUUAUAUCGCUUGGAUGGAGAAGAGAUUUCCAGUUAAAGUGGAACUCAAGUACGAUGAGCUCUGAUUCAGAUAAACCAAAGAUGGCAUGUUAAACUGAACUUGCAAACUUACGAUGUAAUAUCAUUAGUUUUAUUACUACAUGUAGAUUAAACAAGACCCUUUGGAUAUUUAUAUGAUCUCUUUUUAUGUGUAACUGUUUUCACUUAUUAUAACAAAAAAAAACACAGACUAAA